AUGUCUCUAAACUUUCUUCAUUUACUCCUCUUUCUUUUCUCCGGUGUGGAGAUCAAUGCCUCGACCACAGACAAGGCGACAUCCACAGUGAUACCCGCAGCGACAUCCGAAACGACAUCCGAGGCGACACCCGCAACGACACGCACUCCCUCCCUGUCCUCUGUGAACAUCGUGUCAACAUCGUCCCAUGUCUCAGGUACUUCUGCAGUUCAACUGCAGCCCUCUAGCACUUCAUCCCCAUCAUCGUCUUCAGUUAUAAGCAGCAUACCUACUACUGAAGAAUUAGAAAAAUUGGGUAAUGACAUUGGAAAAGAUUGGAAAAAGCUUGGGCGUCGCCUAGGUGUCAGUGAUGCAAAGCUUCAAGAAAUAGAUCAAGCUCAUGAACAACUGUCUGAAAAGGGAUACCAGAUGUUACAGCAAUGGAAACAAAGCAAAGGUACCGCUGCGACCUACCAGGCUUUGUGUGACGCAUUACAACAUGAACUUGUACAGCGCCAAGACUUGGCAGAGAAGUUUUGCAACAUCAAAGUGUCCACAAAACAACCCACGACGUCAGAUUUGAGCGCUAAAGCCAAGACUAUUGGAGGACUGGAAAUAAUGGGAUUUGCCAUCCUUACUAUCCUUGGCAUCAUGGUGACAACCUUUGCCAUUUACUACUUCUUCUUCCGGGAGCGGAUGUAUCCAGAAUACAUGAAUCCACCAAAGGAGCACGCGAGCGGGCAGGCGCCAGAGGAAGUUGGGAUAACCCACGUGGGGUUUGUUGGGGAUGCUCAGAGUCCAACCAAAGUUGCAGCCCCUGAGCCGGAAGUAAAGGUCGUCAUUGGACCGGAAGUUACGCCUGUGGCCAAGGGAAAUGAAGGACCUGUAGAUAGUGCCUUGUAAACACAGGACUGACAAAUGACUAUGCCAGCCUCGUUUUCAAAACGCAAUUUCUCUUAACUGGUAUCAGUACAUUUUAAGGGGCGUCAGUUGGGAGAAUUUAAGAGGGUCUGGAUGCGGAUGUUGGAAUCUAUGUUAUCAGUCACAUUUUCAGUUCAUUUUCUAGUUAUAAGUGAGUUUUGUAGAUCCCGCUCAGAUUUCAACUUUAAGUUAAAAAGUCCAGGACAUCUCUCAGCUGAUAGUUCAAAUCUUGUCCAAUUCUUACCUAUCAGACUGGUUAAACCCCAUUUACAGUCUCAUUUAACUUCUUGUUUUUUCGGUUUCGAAUAGGAACUUAAAACUCAAUUCGUAGGCAAUGCGUAUUCAUGUAUUAGUAAUCCUUUAAGAGAUAGUUAGAAUUAUAUGUUAGUAGUCUCAGAGUGCGCUGAAAUGGAGAAAUUUAGCGUUCGGUUUAAUACGUACCCCCCAGUUUUUCCUCUCGGCGGCCCGGGGCUGAAACAGGUUAACUUCUUUACCAAUGCAGUUACAGCUGGUUCUGUUCUGUCAACGGCGUUUUUUUCUUUAAUUUCUUGUACGACAAACAAAAGAUUGAAAUAGAAAAUAAACAUGUAUUCUUCCGUACACACGUCAUUAAAAUAACAAGUUAUUUUUA